AUGAGAGACAAAGAUGAAGACCGCGAUGUCAAUGAGUUCAUUGGCACAAAGAUGAAAGGGAAAACAGUGGUUGCUGUCCAUGAGGAAAAGAGUGAAGAGGGCAAAUACAUUUUGGUUCGUCGCCAGUUCCAUUUAGACGAAGGAGGAUAUUUCUGGAAAGAGUUUUAUCGAUCCAAGAAACGGGAAGACAAACUCAUGAAUCCUGAGAAGUAUGCCAAAAGGAAAAGCAAACGGAACAGUAAGGAAGCUGAUAGCGACGAUGAUAGUUCUGAUGACGAAGAUAGGCCAAAAGCAAAGGCAGAUACAGAUAUUCUAGAUGAUUUUGAUCCGGAAGCUUCUGUGGAUAUGGAUGACUUAUUGGCAGAUAUGGACGAUUUCGUUCCAGUUGGCGAAGAGGUUCGCAUAUCGAUGGUUGGUGGGGGUGGUAAAGGUGAUGUCACCAAGAAUUCAGUUUAUCAAAGCCAGGAUGUUCCCAAGAGUGCAAGUGGAGACUCAGGGACACCUGAAGCAUCUGACGACGAAGGCUCCAAGAAAAAGAAAAAAGGAAGCUCAUCACCUCGGCCCAAAGUGAAACGAACGAAAAGCAAGAAAGGGGGUAAGAAGGAGAAGAAAGGCGAGCUGGAUAGCUUUUUCAAGAAGGAAAAGAAGAAGGCGAAGGGUGCCAGUGAUGACGAUGAUAACAAGAGUAGAAAGUCAACCAAAAGCAAAAAAUCCACCAAAUCUGCCAAAUCUGCCAAAUCUUCAAAGUCCAAGAAACUGGAUGAUGACGAACGUAGCACAAAGUCCAAAAAGAAGAAGCCUGCCGAUAAAGAUAAGGUAAAAAAGAAGAAGAAAAAGAAAUCAGGAGAGGAGGGUAUACCCGAGGAGAGUGGCGAAACAAAUUUCAUUGAUGACGCACAGAACGAGAUGCUUGACUUCCUCGAUGCUCUUGAUGCUGACAUUCUCUCGGAUGCAGAUGAAAUGGAUGACGAAUUUCUGGAAGAUGACUAUUUGCCACCCCUUGGUGACGAUGAUCCCAUGGAUCUGCUGAAACAAGGCAGAGAGCGAGAAGACCACCUAGAGGCUCAGAAACCGAUUUUUAUGAAGAUUAUGGGUGUGUGGGAAACCAGGAAGGAAAAAGUUGCUUAUUCCGCUCCGCUACAGACGAUGGGUGGAAAGAAAGCGGCUGCAAGUGAUAACCCUUUUGAAUCAAGAAUGGAACGAAUGAAGGACAAGAAAGAUGCAGACAAUCCUGCACCAAAGGAGUCCGCUCCCGAGAAAUUCAUGAACAUGCAGGCUGAGAGUAUCGACUUUACGAAAGAAUACAAGAGACCAGUCUACCAAAAGUCGACAGAGGAAGAGGCAUUGAUUGAAGACACUGUUGUUGACAACGCGGCAUUCCAAGGGCUUGAUAAAGAUCAAAUCAAACCUCUAGUCGAUGCCUUUGAACCCAAAAUGUUCAAAUCUGGCGCCACUAUUGCCAAGGCUGGUGCACCGGAGCGUUUCUACUCGAUUGUUCAUAGUGGUGAAGUUGAUUUCUACAGCGAUGGUAUCAAGGUUGGAACCGCAAGCGCAGGUCAAACCUUUGGUGAUAUGGCACUACAAGGAGCGUCUGCGCAAGCAGUUUCAGCUGUCGCCCGAGGGGAAGGCACUGUCUUGUUGCAAAUUGAAAACAAUGCCUUCCGGCACAUUGUUCGAGACGAAAUGAUAAAGUCUGAAAAAGACAAGGUGAAGCUACUGAAGAGUGUAGACAUGUUCAAGGAUUUGGACGAGGCAGAUUUGGCUCAGCUAUCGGAAGCCAUGGUUCCACGAAAGUUCCGAAAAGGAGAGAAUAUCACACGGAAGUUCAAAGAGAUGCCAUUCUGCAUUAUUCAACAGGGUUCGGUUGUUGCAUCCGAAUCCGAAGUUGGUGCUGGUGAAUACAUUGGAGAGAGUGCUUUGCAGGCUGGUGACGAGAAGGCAGCUAAAGUUAGCGCAUUGGCAAAGACCGCCGGGAUGGCUUUCACUAUCGAUCCUGUCAGUUUCCGAAAGGUCUUUGGAGAUUACGACCGAUUGAAACGCAAAAAUGAAGAACAAAAAGCGCUGCUGACUGUUCGAUCCAUUCGAGAUGCGGGGCUUUUGAGUACGCAACUGCAAGACUUGGUGGCCCAACUGGAGGAAGUGAGAUUCGAGGCUUCUGAGGUCAUUUGUGAGAAGGGAGAGGAGACAAAACCAUUAAUGUACCUCGUCAGAAGUGGAAAAGUGAAGCUGACAAACGCCAAGGGGGAAGAACAAACAAUAUUACCGGGAGGAUUCUUUGGUACUGAGCAUAUGGAGCUAGUCUCCACCGGGAAAUUACCGGAUUUUGUUGUGGCUGACUUUUCCGCGACUGCUGCUUACGCAUCGAGUUGCGGAAUUCUUUCACUCGGAGAUCUUGCUGCUGUCAUGGGGGCAAUACGGGCGGCCCCACCGCAGAAAUGCAACAUUGGCCUGAAGGAUCUGAACUAUUAUCGUCUGUUGGGGGAGGGCCAAUAUGGUAAAGUGUGGCUUGUCACUGACAAGAACGUCACUAAAGAUCCUGAGCCUCUUGCUCUGAAGAUUCAGCAGCUGAAAACUGCCAAGAAUUACGAUCGGACGGAAGCCAUUCGAAAGGAAACGAAACUAAUGAGAGCGCUACAGCACCCUUUCAUUGUUCGACUGCUGAAUGUGUACAAAUCUGAAACUGAAAUGUCAAUGCUUAUGUCGAUUGCUCCAGGAGGUGAACUGUUUGAUGUUAUUCAUCGGCAAACUGAUGACGGUUUCUGGAUUUCUGGCAUGAAUGAACCGUGUGCCAAAUUCUAUACUUCGAUUAUUGCUGAUACACUUGCGUUUAUGCACAAGCAAAAGUACUUGUAUCGUGAUUUGAAACCAGAGAAUAUCUUGAUUGACAGCGACGGAUACCCUGUACUGACUGAUUUUGGUUUUGCCAAAAAGCUCGAUGCGGACAAAACGUAUACCUUUUGUGGAACACCAAACUUUGUGGCACCAGAAGUUAUUCUACAAAGAGGUCACGACGGCGCUGCUGACAAUUGGAGUCUUGGAGUACUGAUAUUCGAGAUGGUUGACGGAGACAAUCCAUUCUGGGAAGAAGGAAUGGACAAUGGUACCUUGUACGAUGUCAUUUGCCACAGCCCCCACUUUCCAUUGCCGGAACAUGUUUCUGUCGAAGCAGAGCAUCUGAUAUCACGUCUCUUGGAAAAGAAUCCAAGUAAGCGGAUAGGAACCUUUCGGGAGAAGGACAUUCUGGAACAUGAAUGGUUUGAUCAAGUGGAUAUGGAUGAUGUUAGGGCGAAGAAGAUCAAAGCUCCAAAGGUUCCUGACCCUAUUGGACUAGGUGAACCAGUAGAAGACCACGACUAG